AUAAUAUUAUUAUUUAUUAUUGUAUCACUGUCAAAGUGUCAAACAUAAAAAAAUGAGCAGUGGACUUGCUCCAAGUAAAUCAACAGUUUACAUUUCAAACUUGCCAUUUUCAUUGACAAAUAAUGAUAUACAUAAACUCCUGGAGCAUCAUGGAAAAAUUGUCAAAGUAACUGUUGUAAAAGAUAGAAAAUCACGAAAAAGUAAAGGUGUUGCUUUUGUAUUAUUUUUAAAACAAGAAGAAGCAUCAGAGUGUGCUAAAAAUAUAAAUAAUACUGAAAUUGGUGGUAGAACAGUUAAAAGUUCAAUUGCUGUUGAUAAUGGACGUAGUGCUGAUUUUAUAAGACGUCGUGAAUAUCCAGAUAAAUCACAGUGUUGGGAAUGUGGACAAGAAGGACAUUUAUCAUAUCAGUGUAGCCAAAAUACACUUGGACCAAGAACACCACCACCAAAAAAAAUAAGAAUACGUAAAAAAUCAAAAAAUCAAACAUCAGCAAAUGGUCCAACUGAAUAUUAUGACAGUGACAGUGAUGAUGGAUUAAAAAAACCAAGAAAAAUACCAGCUAUUGAACAAGAUGAUACUGAAGAGUAUGAAGAAGAAGACACUGAAACAUUGAGUGCUGCAAUUAGACUAGAACAAGAGCAAUAUGAACUAGAAGAGUAUAGAAAUAAAGUUGCUAAUGGACAAUAUGAUGAUUUAAAUAGUCAAAAAAUUAAUUUACAAAAUCGCAAAAGACUAAAAGUUAGUAAUUAUUUAAGUGAUGAAGAUGUUGAAUUGAGUGAUUAAUAUAAUUUUUGUUAUAAACUUAAAUAUAAAAAAAAAAUAAAUUAAACUAUUAAAUUACAAAAAACACUUUUUAUUUUUAUUUGUAUAAAAAUAUUUAAUAUUAAAAAAAAAAUAGUUAAUUAAUAAUUAAAAAUGUCAUGUCUAUUUCAUUAUGUUCAAAAUGUCUUGGUAACAGAGAAAAAAAAAAAAAAAUAAUAAAUUAAUUCAUCUUAAUUAAAUUUACCAACAUUCAAUGAUAAAAACAAAAAAAAAAAAAUUGAUAAUGUUAAUAAUUUUAUUAAAAAAGUUUUUGAUAUAAUUCUUCAGCAUUUGACCAUUUUUUUUUCUUCAAUGAUUCAUCAGUCAAUUUAUUAAUAAAUUCAUGUUUUUUGCUGUAAA